AAUCGGAAGACAGAAGAGGAAGCAGUGUGAACAACUUCUCAAACUUUCCACUUGACAUUGCCGACGGCCCCAAAAGACACUAUCAUUCGUUCCUUUUCUCUCACUAGAUUUCUGUUAUUACUGUCUUCACUUGUGUUUGUGUGUGCCAAAGCACAGAGAGAGAAUAAUGGCUAUGAACCAAUCAAAGGCUGUGUUGUUGAGAGUGAGUUUGGUGGUGGUGGCUCUCUGCAUAGCAGGAUACAUAGUGGGUCCCCCUCUCUACUGGCAUUUCGUUGAAGGUUUGGCUGCAGUGAGCCACUCUUCUCCUUCUGCUUGUGCCCCCUGCGUCUGUGAUUGCUCUUCUCAACCCAUUCUUUCCAUUCCUCAAGGGCUGAGCAACACUUCCUUUGGAGAUUGUGCAAAGUCUGAUCCAGAAGUGAGUGGAGACACUGAAAAAAACUUUGCAGAGCUAUUGACAGAGGAACUGAAGCUGCGGGAGAACCAAGCGAUGGAAAAUCAGCAACAUGCAGACAUGGCACUGCUUGAGGCAAAGAAGAUUGCAUCACAGUAUCAGAAGGAAGCUGACAAGUGCAAUUCAGGUAUGGAAACUUGCGAAGAGGCUAGGGAGAAGUCUGAGUUGGCAUUGGUGGAACAGAAGAAGCUAACUGCAUUGUGGGAACUUAGAGCACGUCAGAAAGGGUGGAAAGAAGGGCUUGCCAAAUCUCAUGCACGCUCUCAAGGAAAAGUGCAGAGUUCUUAGAUACAUUACAUGAUAAUACUUUUCAACCAAAUGGUUUUCGAUACUGAUAAUAGAAAAAGCAAGUAAUCGUGUCUCUCACCUGUGUUUGUGAAAGAUCAAGUGUAACAUACAAAUGUUGUUGAAUUUCUAUCAUUCAUUUUUGGAUAUUGAAUCCACGUGUAUCAUUAUUUAAAGCAAGAAAGUGUUAAAUGUUGUGAUAAACUUCUGCAUAAAAAAA